UAGGCUGCGGGAGAGGUAGCUAGUGGCUGAGAGAAGCGAUCAUCGCAGUGAAGAUGGCGAGAGGAAUGCGGGGACUAAGGAGAGCCGUACUAGAAUGUAUAAAAAAGUUACCCGUCACAGCCAGCCGAGAAACACCUAAAAGGAUUGGCGUAAGAUAUCUCUCCUCAUGUGGGAUCCUGAUGAUGAGGGUGCCACCCCUCCUGGGGGUCAUGCCCAGGUCCACAGUCAUCGUGGCCCCCACCCGCUCCUUCUUCAACCUGGCUGACACCUUCAACAAGAGGAAGGAGUACUCUGAGAGACGCGUUAUGGGGUACUCUAUGUUGGAGAUGUAUGAAGUGGUAGCUGGGGUGGAGAACUACCUUCACUUCGUUCCCUGGUGUAAGAAGUCUGAUGUGGUGUUCCGGCGCUCAGGGUUCUGUAAGGCCAAGCUGACAGUUGGCUUCCCCCCGGUAGUGGAAAACUACACCUCGCUGGUCACCACAGUGCGCCCCCACCUGGUCAAGGCAGCCUGUUCAGACGGUAAGCUCUUCAACCACCUGGAGACGGUGUGGCGCUUCAGCCCUGGCCUCCCUGGCUACCCUCGCACCUGCACGGUUGACUUCUCUAUCUCUUUUGAAUUCCGCUCCCUGCUGCAUUCCCAGCUGGCCACGGUUUUCUUUGAUGAGGUGGUGAAGCAGAACGUGUCGGCGUUUGAGAGGCGGGCUGGGAAACUGUACGGAGCACAGACCAUGAUCCCCAGAGAGCUCAUGUUUCAUGAGGUGCACCACACGUAGCGUGCCCCAACGGUUCAUCCUCUCUGCGCACACACACACACACACAGUCAGCCAUGGCAGGGAGAGAGAGGAGUGAAGGGACGGGGAGGUUAAAUGCCUGAACACUGCAGUGCCUCAUCAGAAAACAACCAAUGAUUUUAUACCCAUUAACUGCUUGCGGCUAGAUUCUGUCCCCCUCCCUGCCCCCCCAAAAUACCCUCCCCCCAUGUACCACCAUAGACUCUUACUGGUGCCCCCUCACCCCAAAGAAAUCAUCAGCACGUCUGGCCAGUAGGCACAUCUCGGAGCUUAGUGCUUUCCUCAUGCGGUGAGCACAGGGCUCAUAAUAGCCCUCUUGUGGAGAUAUAAAAACUCUUCUACUAAGGCUUAAAUAAAGUCUGUUUUAUAGUGAAAGGCUGUGUGUAAGAUACUAUGGUAGCGAGAUCAGGGGAAAGGGACUGGUGUUAUGUCCUGAUCAGGCCAACAGUUUGUGAAGGCCCAUCCAAGAUAUGACAUGUGCGUUACGUUACUGUAACUAACAUUAUAACCUGGGUGGUUCGAGCCCUGUAUGCUGCUUUGGCAGUGGUAUACCACAGGUAUGACAAAAACAUUUUAUUUUACUGCUCUAGUUACCCAGUUUAUAAUUGCAAUUAGGCACCUCUGGGGUCUGUGGAAUAUGGCCAAUUUCACAGCUAAGGGCUGUAUCCAGGCACUCCGCUUUGCGUCGUCCAUAAGGACAGCCCUUAACUGGUAUAUUGGCCAUAUACCACACCUCCUCUGGCCUUAUUGCUUAAGUAGCCUAAUGCUAUGUUGUCAUGUGGAUAAGAUGGAGGCUGGGAUAUCAAAGGAUCGGCUUGUACAUUUUUUAAUGAAGUGUGAGCACUUGAAGAUCGACGUUUCCUAAAGGAAUGUCGCAACACUGCCGAGCAGAUGUAUACACACUGCCGUGCCUACCUACACAUACCUGCUGUGUUGCAACAAUGUUACCGGGGACAUUUCUGCUGCAUCCCAUAUAGCACGUUGUUCUCCAAUGACCAUGGGAGGCAUGUUGUUCAGUUAUGGCACUUGUGCAAUAUGUGUUUAGUUUUCUAAAUGCAGCUACUUUUCCCUAGAGAUAUCCACUGUUUAAAAGGGCCCAGACUGGCGAGGCAGGGUACAGUGUCAUCCAACCUGUCAAAUGGCACCCUAUUUCCUAUACAAUAUACCUGUAGGGCUCUGGUCAAAAGUAGUUUAUAUGCACUACAUUUGACCAAAAGUAGUGCACUAUGAAGGGAAUAAGUUAACAUGUUGGUUGCUUGUGUCUGCCAGUCAGAAUACUGUCACAGUGAGGUAUCUUACCAUAGAGCCUUUUAAAGAUGUCACUCUUAUGUGUACACCCUUGGACCUGAUCCUAGUGGAAUCAUAUUUAUAUUUUAUAACCUUAAGCAUUCUACUCCUAUAAAGAUAUUUAAGAUAACAUGUACAUAUUGUUUUAAGACCACAGAUAAGUGCUGACACAACUAUAAUUGCUAUGUUUUGGGGAUUGUUUUAUAGUGCAAAUGGAGGUGUUUCAAUGAGCGAAGAUGUAUAAACUAUUUUUAUAUUAAAAAAGUGGUUUGUGUGUAGUUCUAGUUGCACAGUUAAUGUAGACUCCAGAACAUUUAAUGGGAAGUCUGUUUCGGUGUUGUGCCAUCUGAUUGGUUGACCAUAGACGAGGGAAUCAUGUCAGAGGUAAUAGAACUGACAGUAAGUUAUGACUCCUGCUGGACAAAUACAGAACCACAUGCACAAGAGGAAACAAUUUCAAGGACAGAAAUGCUGUAACAAAAUACCAUACCAACAGGUUACCUUGCCAGAGACAUGAGCUAAGAUAAUAAUACUAUAUAUUUAACCAGGAGAGCUCAAAAUGUAGACUUGGGCUCUCCAACCUUGUUCCCAGAGAGCUAACCUGUAGGUAUUCACUCUAAACAAUUCUAAAUGACCCGAUUCAGGUUACCAACUAGCUGAUUCCUGAAAUCAGGUGUGCUAGAUCAGGGUUGGAGGGAACCUACAGGACAGUAGUAGUCCAGGAACAGGAUGGGUGAGCCCUAACAAACAGUCACCAAAUUGACAGGAAUUUCAUUCUGGGGUGGAUCAUCUAAGUGAUGUUAACUAUUGCGUUUUUCCAGAAUUCCAGUUCAGUAUGUCUGGCAUUGUACUAUGAAAUGAUCAGAUAUGUGAAGUGUUUGUUCAUGAAAGCACAAUGGUCUUGUUCAGAACAUUUGGUUUUAUUAAAUAAAAACAAAUUAAUGUCUACAUUGUACAAAA